UUGCUGUAACAAGGGCGCAUCUUAUCUUUGCCCUAGCCAAUUCGCCUGUUGCCUUUUCUGUAGCCGCCUGCGGCCGGCGCCUUAUCACCAUCGUCUCUUCUAGAUGUCUACUUACUGGUCGGAGAUUCCUACGGAUCUCUUAUACUCAAUCCUGUCCAAGCUCUCGAUCCCCGACCUCUUUCGGUGCGCCGCCGUAUGCUCGCGUUGGUUCGCCGUGGUCGAUAAGGUCCGCCGCGGCCCCGGUGAUCAGCGCCCGCAGAUCCCAUGGCUUGUGCCUGAGAAUCGAAGCCUCAUAAACGGAGAAGAUAAUGAUCAAAACACUUACAACUUCUUCAGCUUAUCGGAGGGCCGCGAGUAUGAGAUCCCAAGCCACGCUCCUCUAGUCUGCGGGAACAUCGUCGGAUCUUCUCAUGGUUGGCUCAUAGCCACCAACGAUGUUCGUAUUCAGCUCCAAAACCCUAUCACCGGCGUUCAGAUAGACCUUCCCUCGAUUCCUACCUUGGACGACCGGAAUUUAAUGGCCAUGAAAGCGGUGUUGUCCUCAGAUCCCUUUAGAAGCGGACAUUUCAGCGUCGUCUUCGUAUUCUUCUGCUCUUCUAUGCGGAAAGACUUCUUGUUCUUCGUUAGCGCAGGAGAUGAGAAGUGGACGAUGAUCCCUACAACUCUAUAUUACUUCGACGACAUAGCCUUCCACAAUGGCAAGCUCUAUGCGGUGUCACAAUCCAAAGAAGAUAACGCGGUGAUCGUGGCGGCGUACGAUCUCACCGAGCCGGAUUCGACUCAGAGGGGGAUGCUGGUGAUGCCUCUGUCUGACAUUUGGGAUUUUACUUCCAACUUGUACUUUUUUUCCGUGCCUUCAGGUGAUCUACUGAUCGGAGGGGCAACUGCCAUGAAUAAAGUAUCAGAACAUCAUAUUAAGAAAUUGGAAGUUUGGAAGGUGGAUAUAGAGAAAGGAGCCUUCAUUGCAAUGAAUAAUUUGGGGAACAUGGAGGACGAAAGCUUCACCUCCUUGAGUUUGCCUUCAAUGUCAUUUCCAGGGCAGCGGCGGCCAGUGCUAGUUUGGUUUACUCCGUCGUCUCGUGCGUGUAGAUCAAACUUAGAUUUCAAUUUCUCACGGAAUGCCAGUUGAUUAGAGGAUAGCAGACUUUAUUAUAAUAGGACAAGAUCAAGUUAACUUGGAAUUGAUUUCAAUUAUUGGAGGGUUAUAUAAACAUGAACAUUUUGAAAUUGUGAUAUUGGAUGUAAGGAAGUUUAUUUCGAGAUCGUUUCUCUUUCAGUUGUUGAAAGAAGCUUGUUUAAUUUCCAUAUCUAAUGCCUCGUUGAGUUUGAUGUCAAUCCCAUAAUAUAAAUCUCAUAAUUCA